UUGCCGAGGUAAUGCGCGGUGUUGUGCUCUUGUGCUAGCGAAAUUCAGAUUGACUUUUUGUUAACGGGGGAUUGUUUUCCCCGAAGGAGACGCGGCCGUACAAACCAGCACAAACGCGACACCCCAUUACGUUCGAGCGGCUGCGAUUACUCUCGCUUCCACGUUUCGCAUUCAAAAGCGAUGCGGACGCGCGGUCAACCGCAUCGUCGUCGGACAUCGGAGACUAUCUAGAAUAUAACCUUUCUAGAAGCGUCGAAACGAAAACGUUCGUUUUGCGUGUGUGAAUUGCGAGAUACCCGGAGAUGUCGAUCGAAAUUGAAUCCGCCGACGUGAUCCGAUUGAUACAGCAGUAUCUCAAGGAGGCGAACCUCGUGAAGACACUGCAGACUUUACAGGAAGAAACUGGGGUAUCGCUGAAUACUGUGGACAGUGUGGAUGGAUUUGUGGCAGAUAUAAAUAAUGGCCAUUGGGAUACCGUUCUGAAAGCUAUACAGUCAUUAAAGCUACCUGAUAAGAAACUUAUAGACUUGUAUGAACAGGUUGUUUUAGAAUUAAUUGAGCUACGAGAAUUAGGUGCUGCACGUUCCUUAUUGAGACAGACUGAUCCCAUGAUCAUGAUGAAGCAACAGGAACCAGAGAGAUACAUUCACUUAGAGAAUCUACUUGCACGUUCAUAUUUUGAUCCACGUGAGGCGUAUCCUGACGGAAGCACAAAGGAGAAACGAAGAGCGUACAUAGCCACUGCCCUCGCCGGCGAAGUAUCGGUAGUACCAUCCAGUAGAUUGCUUGCUCUAUUGGGACAGGCGCUGAAGUGGCAGCAGCAUCAGGGUCUACUACCUCCCGGCACCACGAUAGAUCUGUUCCGAGGAAAAGCGGCAGUUCGCGAUCAGGAGGACGAGAAGUACCCGACGCAACUAUCGAAACAAAUCAAGUUUGGUCAGAAAUCACACGUGGAGUGCGCGCGUUUCUCGCCCGAUGGCCAAUACCUAGUGACCGGUUCAGUGGACGGUUUUAUCGAAGUGUGGAACUUCACAACCGGUAAAAUCAGAAAGGACUUAAAAUACCAGGCGCAAGACAAUUUUAUGAUGAUGGAGCAGGCGGUUCUGUCGAUGUCGUUCAGUCGUGACAGUGAGAUGCUGGCAGGUGGCGGUCAAGAUGGUAAAAUUAAGGUCUGGAGGGUACAGAGUGGACAGUGCUUGAGGAGAUUCGAGAAGGCGCACUCGAAGGGUGUGACUUGCUUACAGUUUAGCAGAGAUAACAGUCAAAUAUUGUCGACUUCGUUCGAUACUACUAUAAGAAUACACGGCCUUAAGUCUGGGAAAACACUCAAGGAAUUCCGCGGUCACACCUCGUUUGUCAAUGAAGUCGUUUUCUCUGCGGAUGGUCACAAUAUAAUUAGCGCAUCAUCGGACGGAACAGUGAAAAUUUGGAGUUUGAAAACCACCGAAUGCAUAGGCACUUACAAAUCGUUAGGAGCUGCUGAUCUCACGGUGAACAGCAUACAUCUUCUUCCUCGAAACCCGGAGCACUUUGUCGUGUGCAAUCGUUCUAACACUGUAGUGAUUAUGAAUAUGCAAGGACAAAUAGUAAGAUCGUUUUCCAGUGGUAAACGAGAGGGAGGUGACUUCGUGACUACAGUUGUGAGUCCGCGUGGCGAAUUUAUCUACUGCGUCGGUGAGGAUCUCGUGCUCUACUGUUUCUCCACGUCGUCGGGAAAGCUCGAGAGGACAUUGAAUAUACACGAGAAGGAUGUCAUCGGUUUGGCACAUCAUCCCCAUCAAAAUUUGUUAUGUUCUUAUAGUGAGGAUGGUUUGUUGAAACUGUGGAAGCCGUAAAUAUAUAUCAAGAAACUUUUAUUUCUUUUUAUAUAUGAAUGGAGAAUGUAAAAAAAAUAUUGUCUUCGUAUAUUAUAAUAUAGCAUUUUUACAGCGACCAUUACUACUUCCCAAAAUUCAUUUUAUUAAUUUGAUUAGUUAUAUUAUGUAAGAUAAUCCAUUUAGUCUUUUAUCAUAAUACUAUCUGGUCAAUGUAACAAAUACGCACAUAUACAUAAUUUCAAUACUUUUAAAAUGAAAAAGAAAUAAGACUGGCUAUUUUCUCACCUGAAAUGCCGAAAUUAUAAACUGCUUUUCUUCGCGUUUCUUCAAUUUGUUCUAUUUCUCGUUAGGAACCGAGCGCGUUAAUGAGGAAAGGAAAGAAAGCGUGAUUUUUACGGAAAAAUCGUCGAUAUCGCUGAAGCAUUCAACGUAACGCGUUCUUCGCGAGCAAUAAUAGACAUUACACGCUCGUCUAUAUCUGAUCGUGCGAACCUAAUCGUUAUAGCGUCGCCGACGUUAGCCGAGGCAGGUAGAUAGGAUACGGGGUGGGUGGUUGGCCAGGUUCGAAACUAAGUGCACCUCCUUCUCGGACCUAUCUCCCUACACGUCGUCACGUAGCGCGGGCCAUUAGCCGGCGCGCGCUUGAACGUAAUUGGACCCGAGCAAAUAAGCAAUCACUAUAUUUCGGCUCGGCAAAUAUUAUAAUAACAGACUGGUAGGGUUAACCGGGUUAUCGGUCGUACGAUCGGUGGUUGGCUCAGGCGUCUUAGACAGCGCCAAAACCAGCACCGACCUGCUGCUCCUUUUUGCGCGCGUCCGCUUAAGGUCGCUUACCGAAAGCAACCUUUCGUUAAUAUCUUUAUAAAACUUUAUGCGCGAAAAUGUAUCCGGUCGGACGGGACGGCGAUUAAUCAAGUCGAUGCGCAGAACAUGGGUCUGAUCGAAAAUCUUACUUCAAACGGGAUCCUCGCUUCUGCUGUCGAUGACAUAAGGGACCUCGUAAUAGUUCUAUUUACAUUCUAUAUAAGCAAUUCUAAUUUUAUCUAUAUAC